AUGGCCGCUGAAACUUACGGACAUCGCUUCUAUACUGAAAAAGAUAUGUUUCCAACUGAUGUGAUGAUUGAUUACAAUACUGAGGAGUGUUAUCUGUCUUGGCCGAGGUCUCCUGAUUCAGGAAGGUCCAGUUUGGAACCUACGCCUUCUAUGGAUGGAAGUUUGACUCAAGACAAUUCGAAUCAUAUCGCUUAUAGAGGAUUAUCACGUGACAUUUUAGAGGAUAGCGCUGAAGAUAAUGAACUAUUGGAUGGAUCAGCUAAAAGGCGUGGUAGGGCCACCAGUGCGGCUGUGUUGAGAAGGCGACGGUUAGCAGCGAAUGCUCGUGAACGAAGAAGGAUGCAGAACCUCAAUAAAGCUUUUGAUAGACUCCGUGGACAUCUACCCUCGCUGGGAGCUGAUAGGCAACUCUCCAAAUACGAAACAUUGCAAAUGGCCCAAACUUAUAUAGCAGCUUUGUACGAGUUAUUGCAGUAA